CGGGGGGGGGGGGGGUGUGGGGCAUGACGUCAUCGUCGCAUUGGUAGCAUCUUUAGACCCGUGUUGUUUUUUCCGGUUGAGUUUUUCCGAGACACUUCCGGUGAAGAGGAGCAGAAUGAGCCGCUUUCUUUCCUCCGUCGAUGAAUACCUGGGUGACAGUCACGUGCUCUUCUACCUGAGUGAUGCAGUGACUCAGCUGCUGGAACAUAAAGAAGAGUACAGUCAGUUCGGAGUGAGCCGCUACUUUGCUGAGUAUUUCAGCAGUGUGAAGAACAGUAACCACGUCCUCUUCAGAGAGUUUAACUACAUCACAGCGACUCCUCACAACAGGUCGUCCUUCAUCAGAGUCUUCUGGAGAUGCUACAGACAGAUCGGGAAGAGUGGAGAGCUGCUGUCAGUGCUGGAGUUCAGGUCUCUGCUGCAGCUGCUGUGUCCAGAUUUCCCAGUGGAGAUGGUUCAGAGUACAGGCCGAAUCGUUCUGAUGGACGACGCCGUCGACUGCAUGAUGUCAUUCUCCGACUUUAUUUAUGCCUUCCAGCUUCAGCUCUACUUCCGAGAGUUCCUGGACAGCGUGUUGACGAUCUACCAGGACCUGUUGGCGGGAAAGAGUCCAAACACCGUCAUCGUCCCCACCUCCACCUCCGUGGAGCAGCUCCCCCCUGUGGCCACAGAGGAGAACGACAAGGAGCGGCAGCAGCGUGACGGAGUGGAAGCGUCCACUCUGGCUGAGUGUGUGGACGCAUUGUGUGACAGGUUUAAGCACAGUCAUCCCUCCAGGUCCUCGAUGACAGAAAUCCUGGCAGAAAAGGAUAAAAUCUGUUUCUACAGCUUCUUAAUGAGUCUCUCCAAACACGGCGGCGUCAACCAGGACAUCGGAGCGUUACCGAGCAUGGCGGAGCUACUGAUCGACCCAGAGAUGGACCAGGAACUGGACAAACUUGUGGCUCAGAUCGCCGUCAGUCCCGGCAGCAACAGCAGCGGCAGCGCCGUGAUCGGCCUGAAGGAGCAGCAGAGGAAGGCGUCGCCUCGGAGGAACAUCCAUCACCGGAGGAAGAUGGAGGUGGAGAGCGACGGCUCCAAUGAAGAGACCGACUCCUCUGAGAACUGACCUCUGACCCCUGACAUGUUGCCUUCCAUUCUUUCUUUUCAGUUUCAGUCUAUGGAGAACACGUUCACGUCUUUAUCUCACUGUGAGACAGACGUCUGUACACCACUCACUCUCACACACCAAACCCCAUAGAGAAAAUCAGUGAUUUUAGCUGCUGGUCCUCUGCUGCCUCGUGUGGUCACUUUGUGUCACUGAGGUCAAUCGGAAUGCAGGCUUUUUAACAUUGAAGUGUCAAAAUCAGACAUUUAGUGAUGGAGGCAGCAGUGGAUCAACAACUCCUGUGUGUGUGUGUGUGUGUGAUUUUAAAAUCACUCAUUUUCUCUAUGGACUUUGGUGUGGGAAAGUGAGCGCUUUACAAACUUCAGUUUCAAGGGAAAAAAAAGAUUUUAGGUACAUAGCAAAUUAGUAAAAUCUACAUCAGCCGAAGCUAACGAUAUCUGUCACAUGAUCACGUCUUUAUCUCACUGUGAGACAGACGUCUGUACACCACUCACUCUCCCACACCAAAGUCCACAGAGAAAAUGAGUGAUUUUAACAUCACACACACACACACACACACACACACAGGAGUUGUUGAUCCACUGCUGCCUCCAUCACAAGUUCAAAUGUCUUAUUUUGUGACUUUGACAUUUAAAGUCCUUUUGUUCAGAUUUAUUUCAGUGACACAAAGUGACCACAUGAGGCAGCAGAGGACCAGCAGCUAAAAUCACUGAGUUUGGUGGUCGUAGACUUUAACUGACAUGUGACGACAGCCGUGCUUUUGUCAAACGUCCAAAUAUAAAAUGUUUCCUCCUCUCGCUGAACGUGAUGACAUUCACUCACUGUGUCAAUAAUAAAAAUGUGACCCGUC